UCCAGCUUCUCAUUAAAAAGCUGUGUCCCACAGCCAAAACGCACACGCAAAGCAUCCAGAAUAUGUUAUGCAUAAAACUCUGGUCCAUAAUGUUUGUACUAUCUCUGCUUUCAAUGAACAGACUUGGGCAAGCUGCAAGAUACAGCAGAGCACAAGAACCGGCGUCAUGAGCAGACAGAAGCCAUUCCUCUUCAUACUAGCCUUCUCCCUCUCUGUCCCUGGAUAUGCGGUCUGCUGGACAUACCAUUCUUCACCCCACAGCAUGAAUUGGACAGUGGCGCGCAACUACUGCAGGACACAUUUCACCGAUCUAGUAGCCAUCCAGAACGAGAACGAGACAAAUCACCUCCUGAACACAGACAUUAUUCCACAUAGGGUCAGCUCGCCACACUACUGGAUCGGCAUCAGGAAGAUAAAUGAGACCUGGACCUGGGUGGGGACCAACAAAAAGCAGAUUGGAAUUGAGUCAUGGGCUCCCAAGGAACCCAAUAGCGACAAGGACAACGAAGACUGUGUUGAGAUAUACAUCAACACAGACAUUAAAAAGGGGAAAUGGAAUGAUUUAGAUUGCUCUAAGGUGAAUUAUGCCAUUUGCUAUAAAGCCCAGUGCACCAGUGAUGCAUGCAGUCAUCAGGGAGAAUGUGUGGAGACCAUUAACAGCUUCCGGUGCCUGUGUAAUCCUGGCUUUCAGGGCUCCCACUGCCAAACAGUUGUAAAGUGUCCUAAGCCAACAGCACCACUGAAUGGAUGGAUGGAGUGUUGCGAUGCCCAUGACAACUACUUCUUUGGGACAACCUGCAAGUUUGAUUGUCAGGAAGGCUUCAGGAGGGAGGAUCCAGGUGAAAUUACCUGCAAUAUCACAGGGGAAUGGAGUGAGCGUGUGCCAGAAUGCUCAGCUAUUUCCGCUACAUCCUGUGGAGUUCUGAGAGAGCCUUUUGGAGGACUCAUGAACUGCUCUGGUGGAAUCAAUGAUACCCUCAUGACCACCUGUAGCUUCCAGUGCCAGCCUGGGUUCCUACUGCUGGGGUCAUCAGAGGUGACCUGUGAGGCCAACGGCCAGUGGCGAGGCUUCAGACCAGUGUGCGCAAAAUACUUUCACUUGCUGGUGGCAGUUUUAAGCUGGAAUGUGCUAUCAGCAGUCUGUUGCUUGGCUUACUGCUGUCGAAAUGGUCGACAAAGAAAGAAAUGUCAUCAGAAUGGGUCCAAGCAUGACCGACUGAAUCCAGCAUACGAUGCAACAGGAACACUAGAGGAGCCUUUCUCACCGUGAAACGUUUCAAAAGUAGACAAUUUGGACGGAGUAUUAAAGAAUACUCCUUCUUCUCCUCCUUCUCCAUCUUCAUCAUGACCCAAGCACAUCCCAAUUCCCAAAUGCAUGACUGAAAGCUACUCUUGCACGUUCUGGCCUCCCCUGUGCAUGUAUUGCAACUUCCUGUAAUUCACAGGAUAAUCAAAGUCUGUCAAAUCAUUAGAAUGUUUGUUAUUUCCAUAUUAAUCUAAUUAUACCUUAUUUACAUAAAUAUGUGUUUUCUGCCUCUCAGUGUCAAUUUGUCUACUAUCAAGUCUUGACAUUUCGCUACCAGGUUACCUGCUUUGAGACCAAUAUUUGAUAAUUGUGUUGGUGUGUUGUUUGUGUAUGUGUCCACAACCCAAAUGUGAUAUCUUCAAACACAAAUAAAACAAAAUGCCUUU